AAAACCUCUCUCUGUUCCCAUAUUAUAUUUUGCCAGUUCUUUGUCUCUUCUAUAUAAUCUCUCUCUCUCCUCCACAGCACAUAUAUAUAUAUAUAUAUAUAUAUAUAGUUACACACACACACACACAUAUAUAUACUUAAACGAUGAAGAUGAGCUGCAACGCAAGAGUGAUGGGCGAGAAGUCGAAAAGGAAAGCCUCAUGCAGAAAGCUGGGAGGGUAUCUUAGGCAACAGAAAGGAAGGCUUUACAUUAUCAGGAGAUGCGUAGUCAUGCUUCUCUGCUGGCAUGACUAGAGUAACUCCAUCAGUACUACUCAUCAUGUCGACUUGAAGCAAACUAAACUAGUGUAGAUUGUUUUUUUUUUUUUUUUUUUUUUGUUAUCGUUGAUCAUUUUGAUCUCUUCCUACUCUGUGUAUUCCCUUAAGCUGGGGGUUUUCUAGAUCGAAGUGUAAAUAGCAAGGAGAGAUAUUUGUUAAUUGGCAAAUAUUGGUAAUCUUUUUUUUUUUUUUUUUUUUUUUUUUUAAUCUGGGGUCCCAUAUAUAUUAACUUUA